GACCACAGCCACGCGCGCGCGCUCUCCCCGUUCUCAGUUGACGAACACUGCCUCGAAGAGCCUACGAGCCUUGGAGGCAGUGCAGCCAGCACGGAAGAGUCGACAGAACAGUACCAGAGAGGUUGGAGAAUCAAUCGCCACGCUGGUGAUUCCUGUAUGUACACCGACGAGUUUAUCGCCGAGACGAAUGACGAGGCUUUCGACGGGGCGCGCGCUCUUGAUCUCCUUCAGCGUCGAGUUGUCAUCGAUUACGGGAGCAAGAAGACAGGAUCGAAAGCGGCGAGCGAAGACGAUGCAUACUACCCUGUGUUCCGACUCGACUUCGUCAGUAUCGUCGGCCGGCCACGUCGACCGAUCUGUCGGUCCAGUCAUUUCUUCGACAACAUCACCAUAUCCCUACGGCACUGGCACGCGCCAUAUAGUGCGAAGCACGUACAGGGGAUCCAUUUCGACCUAGGCAGCCGUACCUUCCGCAUCGCCACCGGCGCUACUCGAGAGGCCUGGUUCAUUGUGAUGCACCCGAUUCAGAGGGUUUCCGGUGAUGGCCCAAAUAGUAAUCCACAUCGACGGCCUGACGCGACACAAACAAGGACUGCUCUCACAUACGGUCGUGCUGUAGUGCUUGCAUUAUACAUCAAAGAUAUCUUCCUCUGCGGAGAGCUUCUUGGCGAAGGGAUCGAGCCGAGAUGGGCCCUCGGAGGCACGGAUACACAAAUGAUCGCGUUUGAUAAAUGGGUCAUAUUUCAGACUUGCUUCAUGGAAGGCUGGGAUGGACUUGUCGAAAAGCUUUCCGACCCUGGCGACAGUUUCUGGCUGGACUAUCAACCUGCCUUCCAUGCGUAUGACUAUAGCGCGAACAUCGAGAUCGAAGUCACUGAAGAAAUAGCGAAUCUCGAGCAGGAAACUCUCAUCACACCGAUGUAUCACGACGACAUAGAAGAUGACAGCGACCGGUCCAACAACGGAGAUGACGAUGAUUGGGGGAUGCAGGGACAGGGGCCAGAGGAGGGAGAGGAACACCCCAACGCUGCAGAGGGCAGCCUAUUCCUGCCGAUAGAGGCUAGCGAGGCCGCUCUACCAUCACCAUCUCUUCGCCUCAGCCACAGCGAGGAAGGCGAUCAUCAUUAUGAGGGCGAGGAAGGGGAAAGGGGGGACGAAUGUGACGAGGACGAGGACGAGGAGCGGCGGCAAGAGGAGAAGUUCGAAAGGUGGAUGAGUGGGGCUGAGAACGCCGACAUAUCCCUUUUGUCUGACGUUGAUGAAGGACAGCCGCAACAGGAAAGGGAGGAAGAGGACGAGCUGUCCCGCCAGCAUUCGGAAAGGGACAGAGAUGUCGAAGAUGAACAAAGAGACACAUCGUCUCCGAGCACCCCUCCGCCGUCAGCAUCAUCAUCAGGCUACCAUGGAGAGCACGAUGCUUUGUAUGGUGCUGGCUUGAGGCGACUUCGUAAGGCCCUCGAGGCCAAGUACAACCUCGACAACAUCAGUUGUGUCUCCUAUGCUCUAGCGGUCGACGUCCACUGCACCGCAGCAAGGACGCAUCCAGGUGAAGGAGCUGGUCCUGCAGUGUGCAUGCUAGGGACGACCCCAUACCUAGACUGA